AUGGUAGACACGACACCCUCUGCUGAGCCAGCUGAGUCCGGGUCUGGGAAAGGUUAUGGCAUUCAAGUCGCAUAUCGUACAUUAUCGGUUCGCGUCGAAGAGAAUACUAAGGCCACUUCCAAAUCCCCGCUAGACCCAGCGGACGCAAUUGCAAGCAUAGAUGCUCAUCUACUCAGUGUUGACGAAGUAUACACCCGGUAUUCCAGUCAUCCCACAGUCGGUUUGGAGCUUGCCGCUGUUCGUCGCAGGGAGCGUGAUGGCAAGAAUGUCAUCAGUCCUCCACCCACCGUCUACUGGAAGAAAACGCUUAAUUACGUUUUUGGUGGCUUCAAUUUUCUCAUGUGGAUCGCGUUCAUCUUGACUAUCCUGUCCUAUAAACCACUCGGGCCUCCUCUACCUUUCGUUCUCGGUGUUGCAGUACUGUUGAUCCUUGUCAUCAUCAUUUCUGCUGCAUUUUAUGCUUUAGUCGACUGGAACGCGAACAGAAUCAUGAAGUCAAUCAAAUCCCUAAUUGCACACGAAGCUGCGGUCAUUAGGGACGGAAACCAGCAAAUCAUCUCAGCUGCUGACAUUGUCGUUGGUGAUGUUGCCGUGCUCAGCGCUGGUGACCGUGUCCCGGCCGACAUGCGUGUCGUGCAGGCAUCAUCCGAUCUUCGCUUUGAUCGCUCUCUCCUGACGGGUGAAAGCGAAAUGAUACCAGGAGCUCUUGAUGCAACAUCCGACAAUGCUCUAGAGACUCGUAACCUCGCGCUGACUUCCACUUUUGUCGUACAAGGGACUUGCCAUGGAGUCGUGUUCGCCACCGGAGAUAGGACUGUCAUGGGACGCCUUGUCAAGAUGUCUGGAGAAACAAAGUUCAAGCUUACCACUAUCCAAAGAGAGGUGUGGUUUUUCACCAAAAUCAUUUCAUGUCUCGCGCUCUUUUUCUUCUGCUUGUCGCUUCUUCUAUAUGGCGUUUGGUUACGGACGAUGUAUCCUGGGUAUGACACCACGUCUUCUGCUAUCGUAAAUUCAAUCGGCUGCUUGACUGCCUUCGUUCCGCAAGGUCUCCCGAUUUGCGUGGCACUCUCGUUGACCGUUGUCGCCCGUCGGAUGGCUAAACGUCAGGUGUUGGUCAAGAAUCUGGCGACAAUCGAGACAUUAGGGUGCAUGUCUGUGUUAUGUUCUGACAAGACAGGCACGCUGACUGCGGGAAAGAUGAUGGUGGAGAAUAUUGCCUUCCUCGAUGAUGUAUUUGGUGUCGAUGAAAUCAACGAGAGGGUCGCGAAGGCCUCAAACCCGGCCGUUUUUUCUGUGUUCAAGGCGCUCCAUCAGAUCGCGAGGCUUUGCAACGGCGCAAAAUUUGACGCAACGACUAACCACCUUCCUGUGCAGGAUCGCACGAUCAAGGGCGAUCCGACUGAUACUGCUCUUUUGCGUUUCUCCGAGGUCCUUUCAAUACCGGAGCUUGACGUGGAUUCCAGUACUCUUCAGCAAGAGUAUCAGAAGAAGUUUGAGAUCCCUUUCAAUUCUCGCAAUAAAUGGAUGCUUUCCGUGGUCUCCAAGGUCAACACUUCUGAGAAGAAUGCAGAAUCGACAUGGAUGUUCGUCAAGGAGCUCCCGAUGUUCUAUUCCCUUCCUGCACCAGGCAAGGCAGAUGUUCGCCACACUUCAAGAGGAUUGGUCAAGCCGGGGCCAACGAGUACUCGUGCUCGCUGCCGAGGUAAUAGAUGUCGGAAACCCAUAGAACAAAUCAAGGAUGGACUUCCACCGAACGACGUGGAAGAUCUGAUGUACGCGGAGAUGUGCGAUCUAACCUUGGUUGGUCUCAUUGGAAUUUGCGAUCCUCCUCGCCCGGAUGUAUCGCCAUCGAUUUCCAUCAUUCGACGAGCUGGAGUUCGAGUCUUUAUGGUCACCGGUGAUUUUAAACUUACUGCUCUAGCUAUUGCACGUCAGGUUGGUAUCAUUACUCAGCACGUCGUCGACACCAUCCAGGACGUCCGAGCUGCUGCAUCUGAGAAGGUCUCGCCGAAAGAUUAUCACCUUAUCAAGCCAUCCGAAGACGAUGAUAUCCGCUCCCUGGUACUCACAGGGGAAGACGUCGCAUCUCUCACCACGCCUGAUUGGAAUGUUAUCGUUGGGACCUACACAGAGAUCGUAUUUGCGCGCACUACCCCCGACCAGAAAAUGCGAAUUGUAGAGGAAAUAAAAGCUCGUGGAGACAAUACAGUCGCAGUCACUGGAGACGGUGUCAACGAUGCGCCAGCGCUAAAAGCUGCUGACAUUGGUGUUGCGAUGGGUAGUGGCAGUGAUGUGGCCAAGGAAGCUGCUGCCUUGAUCUUGUUGAAGAAUGACUUUGCUUCUAUCCCCGUCGCGAUAGAGAUGGGUCGACUAGUUUUUGAUAACCUGAAGAAAGUCACGUUGUACCUCAUGCCUGCUGGAAGUUAUUCAGAAUUCAUGGCGGUCCUUGCGAACGUAUUACUAGGCAUGCAGAUUCCCAUGAACUCGUAUCAACAAGUCUGCUAUUGCAUCACAAACGAUGUUAUUAUGUCCAUCUCGCUGAUGUAUGAGAAGCCGGAAUGGGACUUGAUGCAGCGCAAGCCACGCAACGCCAGGACUGAUAGGCUUACAGAUUGGCGCCUUUUCUUCCAUGUCUAUUUGUUCUAUGGACUGAUGCUGUGGCCCUGCGCGAUGGCGAUGUGGUUCUUGUACAUGAGCCAGCAAGGCCUCGGUUUCUAUGACGUUAUCUUGACUUUCAGCCGAUGGGAGGAUGGCUGGCAAGGUUACACCAUCGAUCAACUAACCCAGUUCGUCGAUGUUGGUCAAUGCAUUUACUAUGUGACGGUGGCCAUCGGACAGUACGGGACUCUUUUAUCGGUUCGCAACCGCCGAGUAUCAAUACUGCAGUCGAAUCCUCUAUGGGGCCCGCGUCGCAACCUGCUAGUACUUUUCGGCAUGUCUGGCACGGUGUUGAUCUGCAUUGUGAACCUCUACGGAGCUGGCUUCCAGCAGGUGUUUAACACGAGGCCUAUCCCUGGGAUGUUCUGGGGUCUCCCGUUCACCUUUGCGUUAGGGAUCUUGCUCAUGGACGAAACUCGCAAAACCAUUGUGAGGACAUAUCCGAAGUCUCUGAUUGCGUGGCUGGCAUGGUGA